AUUUCACUUAGUAUUUUCCAUUUUUCGGUAUGUUUGUACGUCUUUGUUUGUGCGACUUCAGGACAUCUGUGAGGACAUCUCGGACCAUGUGGAGCAGAUUCAUGCCCUGCUGGAGACAGAGUUCUCCCUGAAACUUCUGUCCUACUCCGUCAACAUCAUCGUUGACAUCAGGACGGUGCAGCUGCUGUGGCACCAGCUGAGAGUCUCAGUUCUGGUCCUGAAGGAGCGUCUGCUGCAGGGCCUGCAGGACUCCAACGGGAACUACACGCGUCAGACCGACAUCCUGCAGGCCUUCAGCCAGGACCAGCACCAGACUCGCCUGGACGCUCUGACCGAGGUGGACGACUGCGGUCAGCUGACAAUUCGCUGCAGCCAGGACUACUUCUCUUUGGACUGCGGCAUCACCGCCUUCGAGUUGAGCGAUUACAGCCCCAGUGACGAGCCCGAGGCCCGGGAAACUGAGCCAGACUGUGAGGACUCCCCUCAGGACGUAGAUCAAGCCCAAGACCCAAAUCCAGAACCGCUGUCAGAGGACAGUGAAGGACCUCGCCUCUCAAACCAGGAACUCCAUAACAGUUUACCUGAACUCACCACGCCCGCUGACUCAACGAACCAAAACCAUCCUCCGUCAGUUUUACCCAAAAUCCCCAACCACAGUGAAAGUGUGAAGCGCCCCCUGCAGGGCGUGAGCCACAGCACCGAAGUGUCGCCCACACAGCCGUCUCUUCCCAAGAGAGCUGCUCUGUUCUCAGAGGGAGGAACCAGAGAGGAGGACCGGAGGGGAGGAUCGGGGAAGGUCAGCCCGCUCUCUGGGCUCCAGUUCCAGGCCGAGCUGAGUCGGAGCACUCCGUCUCUCAUGGAUCCUCCAGACCGUUCCAAGUUCUGGUUGGAGCUGGACUCGGUUUAUCCAGAAAAUGUUUCACAGUCCUACGAGAGUCUGCAGAUAAUGAACGGACGCAACCUCCAGAGAAACCACGUGAGCUCCAGACAGGGAGGACGCUCUCAGAGGAGCGCCCAGAGACCGCUGACCGACUCGAGGAGCUCAUCAGGGGCCAGACUGACCGCCAACGCCCCCCUGCCUCUCCAGGACCCGGCGUCUCAGGAUGAAAUAUCAAAACAAAUGGAGAGGACGCAGAAGGAGACAAAUGCACACAGUGAGGGGGACUCUGACUCCUCAUUGCCCUCCCCCAUGAGGGAGCAGUUCCUCUCCUCUGACCUGGAGGCAUCCGGAGAGGAGUCAGACCCCCGGCCGCGUCCCGGCAAGGCGGCGGUGUGGAUCAUAAAGCGCCAAGGGCAGAAGGUGGCCCAGGUUACAUCGAGAGCCAGCCCAGACAGGGAGCACUGGUACGGGUCAGAGGAGUUCCUGGCCCUCCCCGCUCAGCUACGAAAGACAGAGAUGCUCGCUAUGAAGCUGGAGAGUCUGGCUCAGUCCCUCCCGCAGAGGCCGGACUCUUCCCAGGACGCUCUGCAGGACGUGGAUGACUGGGAUUUGACAGAGCUCAACCCAGACUGGGACGUAGGGGAGAGCGGGGACAACAUGAGCAGCGUAGGGGAGAGCGGGGACGACAUGCCCGCUCUUCUGCCACCUCUG